AUGGUUACUCCCUCGGCCGCGAGGCCUGCGUUAUAUAUACGGAACGCACGAGAAGCCAGACGCCGAGCCUCACCGAGCCUCACCGAGCGCAAUGCUGCUCUCUCUGGCGACAGCGGGCCUGGCGGUUUGGCGACCGCCUGUUUGUUCAAAUACUAUUCGGGGCUGAAGAAAGUGUCCUACCUGCCUGGAUUACGAUGCGCGUUCGCUCCUCUAUCCAUGUGCGCUGCGGCGCUCCCCACAAGCUGGUGGAAUCCGGGACUUGAUUGGCCCUGGGAGUGGAGAUGGGAUACCUACAAGCACUACCACUCCCAAACCAUCUCUUGCGUCCCGUUCAUCCGUGGGAUACCCUAUGUAUACACGUCCUCCCUUGAGGUGGCGAAGCAAAUCCUGAACGUACGUCCGGAGGUGUACAAAGCACCGGAUUCCACUGGCGCUAUACUUUUCCUGUGGGGAGACAACGUCGUCUCCGCUGAUCACGACAUGUACAAGCGCCACCGCCGAGUCGUCGGGUCCGCGUUCAGCAGGGCUGGGUACGUCCUCGUCGCCGAGGAGACAGGCAGACUCUACCGCGAAAUGGUCGAAAGCGAGGGAUGGCUUCAGGCAGACGAAAUCGCCGUCGACUCCAUCAACCACAUCUUAUCCAAGUUUGCUUUGGGGAUGAUUUCUCGAUGCGGCUUCGGCCUUCCCUUCCCCUGGUCGAGCCCCACUGAGUCUUCCGACGAGAUGUCUUUCGAGGAAGCGCUGACCAUCGUCACCGAGAAGGCCGUCGUCCGCCUAGCGGCCCCUCGUUGGCUGUAUUACCUGCCGAUCAAGCAGCUUCAGCAGGUCGAGAAGGCCUACAAUACCAUAUCGAACUUUAUGAGCACGUUCAUCGCUGCGAAGCAGGCGGAGCUCAGUUCGCAGACGGGCGGCAAUGAUACGAGGGCUAACCAGGAUUUGCUCACCAGGCUGGUAGCGGCUAGUCAGGCUGAGGGGAAGAACGGGUUGUCAGAUCGAGAGCUGUUCGGGAACACCUUCACCUUUAUGUUUGCUGGCCAUGAGACUACGGCACACACCUUGUCUGCGACGCUUGCGCUGCUAUCUGUUCACCAAGAGGAGCAAGAUAAGGCGGCAGCUCACAUCCGCAAGGUCCUAGGCGACCGGCAGCCCACCCUCGAGGAUGUCGAGUCAGGGGAACUCGAUCUGGUAUUGGCCUGCUUUGAAGAAGCAGCUCGCAUGUACCCGCCGGGGUCCAUCGCUACGCGGGACACAAACCAGACGAUAUCGCUCGCUCUACCCGAAGAAGACGGCGGCGGGCACGCCGUCAUCCACCCGGGCGUGCGCCUCAUAGUUGACUACAUCGGCCUGCACUACAACCCGCGCCUCUUCGCCGACCCAUGGCGUUACGAUCCCUCGCGGUGGUACGGGGCGCGCGAAGCGGACAUGACGUUCUUCAGCAUCGGGCCCCGCGCGUGUCUCGGGCGCAAAUUUGCGAUUGUCGAGGCGCUGUUUCUCUGCCUUUUCUUGCGCGAGUGGAAGGUGGAUCCUCUGUUUAGGCAAGGAGAGGCGGUGGAAAAGUGGAAGGAACGAUUUUUGCACGGAGGAUUCGUUGGGUUAGCGUUUGGUCUCCGCGAUGUGCCCUUGAGGAUAACCAGGAGGGGGGAGGCGUGCGCAUGA